CUUUUCCCACUUUAUCUCUCUCUCCUCCAAUCCCUCCGUUCCCACCUGUAAUUCAUUCAUUCAUUCAUCUUCAUCCUAAUUUUCAAUGACAGAUUAUCGUUUGCCAGCUAUGAAUCUAUGGACAGACGACAAUUCAUCAACGAUUGAGAAUUUCAUGUCAUCGGAUCUCACCACCUAUUGGCCUUGGGCGCCGACGUCUCCUUCCUCAUCGGAAUACCCAAGAGUUCUCAAUCAAGAAUCACUCCAGCAACGCCUACAAGCCUUGAUUGAAGGUUCCCGUGAAAGUUGGACCUACGCCAUCUUCUGGCAAUCAUCUGUGCUCGAUUACUCAGGCAUAUCUGCGCUUGGAUGGUGCGAUGGGUACUAUCAGGGAGAGGAAGAUAAGGGUAAACGGAAAUCAGUUGCGUCGCCUGAGGAUCAAGAGCACCGGAAAAGGGUUCUCCGAGAUCUCAAUUCACAUAUCUCCGGCGGAUCCUCUUCAGCCGAUGAAGCCAUCGAUGAGGAAGUGACUGAUACGGAGUGGUUUUUCUUGCUUUCGAUGACUCAGUCGUUUUCCAAUGGGAGCGGUCUGCUUGGUCAGGCUUUUAUGACUUCAUCAACUGUUUGGGCUGUAGGAGCUGAACUGUUAGCUGGAUCUUCAUGUGAGAGGGCUCGACAAGGUCAUAUGUUUGGAUUACAAACUAUGGUUUGUAUUCCUUGUUCUAAUGGAGUAGUUGAAUUGGGUUCAACUGAGUUGAUCUUUCAGACAUCAGGACUGUUUAAUAAGGUAAAAACUCUAUUCGAUUUCAAUAAUCCUGAUUUGGGUUCUUGGCCUCUGGCUCCGGUGACGAAUAAUAAUCACAGCGAGAACGAUCCAUCGACGAGUUAUCUUACUGAACCACCAUCCAUGGCGGCGGAAGUUAGAGAGCCUGCAAGUCUAAAUCUCUCUAACAACAACCAUCAUCAUAAUCAUCAAGGUCCGAAACAGAUGAAUUUCGAUAAACCAGCUAUAUCGAUGAGUAUUCUGACUGAAAAUCAGAGCCAGCCAGAUUCCGGCGAGAUCUUGAGUUUUGGUGAAAGAAAUCUCUUUUCCAUUCAUUCCCAAAUUUGGACUUCGGUUAGAAAUUAAAAUAAUAAUAAUAAUAAAUGUUUCUGGUUGUUAUU